GGGGAGAUGCCGUUCAUGUUCGAGGUUAUGCCUGGAUUUGGUUGGGAUAAUCUUGUGAAUGAGAAUCGGGGCGUUGUUGUGAAUUUUAAUUAUUCAAAGUGCAAAACUACAGAGGACAGAAGAUAUCUCAUCCCAGAUGGAGUAGUAACCAUUCCUAUUAAGACGAGUCACAUGAACGUUUUCUCUAAGGUGUAUGAUCACUGGUCUCAGUAUGAAUCUGAUACAUCGUUCUCUGUGAACAACGCAGCUUCGGCAACCAUUAAGGGUGUAAAGAUUGCAGCCAGUCUGUCUUCCGAGUAUGAGCACAUUAAAAAGCAUCAGCUAGAAGACAAAUCAAUCACAACUAAAGUCCAAGCACGAUUCGUCCGGUACACAGCAAAGAUUCUUCCUGAUGUACAGUUAGAUCAGUCUUUCCGAAAUCGUCUGCUAAAGAUUGCCAACCAUAUUCAACAAAAUCGAAAAUUGUCGACAAAAUAUGAAAGUGAACUGCUUGUUCGAGAUUUCGGAACUCACGUACUUACGAGCGUUGAUGCUGGUGCGUCUAUCGUCAAAGUAGACCAGAUUGACUCUUCCCUUCUCCAAGAUAGCACAAUCGACAAAGUUCAAAUAGGGUAUGCAGCGAGUGUCUCUCUGCCUGGACUUGCAAGUGUUGAUGUAAAAGAUAAAUUCUCAUACUCAAAAACUGCACUUCAAAAAUACAUGCGGAACGUUAAAAACUCGGACAUCAGAGCGUACGGAGGUCCGCCCAUGAAUCCUGAAAAUUUUACACUCAGUAAAUGGACAACUACUAUUGGAAAUGAUUUGGUUGCAGUGGAUAGAAAUGGAUUUCCUUUAGACUACGUCAUCUCUACUACUGCGCUUCCUGAAUUGUCUGCAAGUUUGGUUGAAGAAAUCGUUCAAAAUGUUCGAAGUGCAAUCUCGUCCUACUUCCUCCAUAACACGUAUCCAGGAUGCACCGAUCCAGACGCACCAAACUUCAGCAAAAUUUCAAAUCUAGAUGAUGGUACCUGUCAUGCACCUCUAACGAACCUUAGCUUUGGUGGAAUUUACCAAACAUGUCAGUUCCAGGGAGGAUUAAUGAAUAACGAAAACAUGUGCAACACACUGAACAUUACUGUAAGAAAUCCUCAAACACAGAACUUUCGAUGUCCAAAAGGAUUUGAUACAGUUCUUCUUUAUGAAGGAAAAACACAUAAAGCUCAACAUGAGCACAAGUGUCAUAGAUGCUGGGCCUUUUUUAAGUGUUGUCACGACAAGUCUUAUUAUGGCUCUGCAACAUAUACAUCGUAUUGGUGUCGUGCAAAACCAAACACACCUGUUCAAGAAAACAGCGGAUUUCUCUUUGGAGGUCUGUACUCAGACAGAACUAGUAACUUUGUAACUCAAUCAAAAUCAUGCCCGCAGUACUAUAAUCCAAUGAAGAUUGCCUCUAAUGUCUAUGUCUGCAUCAGUGAUGACUAUGAACUUGGCGCCAAAUCUGCCGUGCCAUUUGGUGGUUUCUUCAGUUGUCAGCAUGGUAACCCUUUAGUUGAUAGUAAAUAUACAAAAUCUUGUCCAAAGGGUUUCAGUAACCACUUAGCCACAAUUGAUAACAACUGUGAAAUAGAAUACUGCGUACGGACAGGCCAAAUGUCCGAUCUAAAAUUCCCUACCGUUCAGCUCCCGCCGUUUUUUGAUGUUCCUGCAGAGAGUUUAGAGGAACCAGCAAAUUACAUAAUUUCUCAUGAUUCUGAAUCGUGGGUCCAACUUAUUGAUCCCGAAAUGAAAGGAGAUAAACCAGACGAAUCAAGCUGGACCACAUUGAAUUCAGCACCCAGAGAAAUGGCCACCCUCAUGAAGAAAUUCACAGGUAACCAUGUAGUGCAGGAAAAAGACGAUCCGGGGAUGUCAAAAGGCGCCAUUGCGGGCUUGUCUGUUGGCUUGACUACAGCAGUUUGCGUAAUUGUAGGUAUUGCGAUAGCUGUUCGUCGCAAUCGCAAGCAGAAGAAAAUCUACGAAAGUUUUGAGUAAGCUGUUUUCCUCCAUCGUGUUUCUAUGCAAGAAUGGUUACUUUGAUGUUUUGUGACGAAUAUUUGUGGGGUUUUUUUGUUUGUUUUUCAAUUACGAACUACAUGUACAGUGCUUUUAAUAUUAUGUGGAUGAAGACAUUGGUCGAGUACAUUAUUUUGGGGUCAUUUUUCUUCCCGGACAAUUAUCAAAACAAAUCAUGGUCUUUAUAGUGGAGUACAUUCCUGCUUCCGAGACCUCUUUUCAUUUUCAGUUUAAUUAUUUAUCAUAGAUUUUUGUGUUCCGCUGUCUAACUUGUUUUAAUACAAUACAGACACGCGGAGAUAAAAUAUAUACAUGUAUCAAGCAAAGAGAAAUUAUCUUAAGGAAGGAAUCAAAGAAUUUUUCAGCAUUAUUGUAUCACAGGGAACAAUAUCUGGCUUUUCAUCCACUGUCUGUUUAGAAAGCAGUGGACUUGUCGCUAAUUAUAACUCUUUAAGUUCGAAAAUUUUAUCAAUAAAGUCAGUAGAAACUCGAUUGACCAAGCCAUGAGAUAUUGCGUUAGCUUAGCGAAGUGUCACUGUAUCAAAAGACCCAAAUAAGGCAAUACAAGUUUUGAUCCCACAUAUUUGCUUGUUUAACAGUAAAGGUACUUUGUCAUGCAAGUGUAUUUAUUAUAAUCAAUUUUUGUGCUCAACUAACAUGACUCAUAAUAUUAAAUCUUUUAGUUUUGAGAAUUAUCAAAAGUAGAGGAGAAGAAAAAUGUUAGCACUCUGAAAUUACGUUUUGUAUAGUUCGUUAAAAUUUAAGGCGAGUGCGUAUGUAAACAUUUCAUCAAACUUUAAAGUCGAAAGUUAUUUCAGCGUACCAUCAACUUUCUUCUCCUGUACCUUUAAUGAUUCACACAAUUUCUUGGAAGUUUUUUAUUUAGUUCGCAUUGAAAUACAUGCAUGUACAUAUCUAAGUUUACAUGGAUGAUACUGAUGAGUGAUGAUAUACUAGUCUUCCUAUUUAUAUAAUUCAAUCCACUCAAAAUCAUUUUGAACUCUUGAAUCAAAAUCAUCAUGUGUAGUCUUUUUCAGGAAAUAUGGCUAAAAAUUUUUAUUCUGACAAUAUAUAAUUAACACAGAAUAAAUUCAGGCCUCAAUCAGUUAUUCUCAUUCCCUGCGGUUUAGUUUAAUGUAUAAUGUACCGGUCUAGUAAUUUAAUGUUGUAAAUACAUGUACUUCUUUAAUAUUUGUAUUAUUAAUGUAUACUGCCUGUAUUUGGGUGCAACAUUGAAUAUUUUCACCCCAAGAAAACACACAUGUAUUGUCAACCAAGGGGCAGCCAAAAUACAAUACUGUUUAUGUUACAAAUGUAUAUAUAAAACUCUAAAUAAAUAAAAA